GCUAGCUCUGACAUUGUAUCAGAAUUAAGUGAACACAUUGUGGACUCAUAUACGCAGGGUUCCAAAUCAAGACCCGUCACUGGUGUCACCAAAGACACUGAUGCUCUCUCUGACAUCACACCUGUUGACACACAUAGUGUCAAAGGUGACACACAUAGUGUCAAAGGUGAUGCAAGUAGUGUCAAAGGUGAUGGGUCAGAAGUCAAAGAAAAUGAGAAUGGAGCCACUACAACUGAUAAAACUGAUGAAGGAUCAAAGGCUGGAGAUGACUCUCAGGCUAAAGAUGGAGCAUCUAAAGCUGGUGACAAGGAGGGAUCGAAAGCUGAUGAUGCAUCCAAAGUGGCUGAUGGGGAGGACCCUAACACACGUGGUGAUGAGGCUGAGAUUGCCAGCACCAGUCAACAUGGGGAAGAUGAGGAAAAGAUCCCAGAGGAUUUCUUUUAUGAUAAAGAAGAGCAUGUAUCUAAGGCUAGCACCAGUGAAGAGUCUGGCCUGCCCAAUGACCUCCUUUCUUUGAACCACUCAUUUGGUUUUGACUGUCAGAAGAGGUCUAAUCUCCAUCUCCUUGACGAGAACACUGUGCUGUUUGCUGCUGGUAACCUGGUCCAGAUACUCAAUGUGAAGACUAAGGAGCAGAUCUACUUACGUAGUACAAGUGGUGGUGGAAUAGGGGCACUUGCUGUUCAUCCAAGUCAGAAAUACUUUGCCGUGGCUGAAAAGGGGGUCGCUCCAAACAUAAACAUCUACGAGUUCCCAUCCCUGAAGCUGGUCCGAAUCCUUAGGGGAGGAACCCAGGAGGCAUACGCCUACAUUGAUUUUAGUCCUGAUGGGAAGACAUUGGCUUCAGUGGGAGGUGAUCCCGAUUAUAUGCUGACACUAUGGGACUGGAAGCAAGAGACGACUGUCCUCCGAUCCAAGGCUUUCUCUCAAGAUGUCUUCAGAGUCACUUUCUCUACUGAACUGGAGGGACAGUUGACCUCUUCUGGAACUGGACAUAUAAGGUUCUGGAAGAUGGCCAAGACAUUCACAGGUCUUAAACUUCAAGGACAACUUGGUAAAUUUGGAAAAACAGAGAUCUCUGAUAUUGAGGGAUAUGUUGAGCUCCCGGAUGGUAAAGUCUUAUCUGGAGCUGAAAAUGGCAACAUGUUAUUAUGGGAUGGAGGUUUGAUCAAGACUGAGAUAUCAAGGCGUAAUAAGAAGCCAUGUCAUCAAGGCCCAAUUCAACAGAUUGUAAUGGAUGAAGGGGAGUUGAUGACAGUUGGCAUUGAUGGAUGUAUACGGGUGUGGGACUUUGAAAGUAUAGACACAGCUGAUGCUUCAGAUGCAGGUAUAUUUGAAAUGGAACCUAUGAAUGAACUGAAGGUUGGCAAUGAUGUCCAGCUUAAGUCUAUGGUAAAGGUGACAAAUAUGGAGGAGCCAGUCUGGUAUGCUCAGGAUGGUAAUGGCGGAAUAUGGAAAUUGGACUUAUCAUUCUCUCACACCUCAUUGGCUCCUGAGAAGGUGAUGUCAUACCAUGCAGGAGCAAUGAAGGGCCUGGCGACAUCUCCCGUUACACAUUUAGUGGCCACUACAGGAGAUGACAAAACUGUCCGGGUAUUUGAUUACAAAGCGUCAGAGACAAUGUGUGAAACUCGCUUCAAUGCUGGAGGAUCAGCACUCAUUUGGGCUCCAAAAGUGAUUGAUCCUAAAGGUUCCACACUCAUAGCAGGGUUUGGUGAUGGAGUUGUUAGAGUCCUUAAUUUACAAAAGUUCGACCCCACCAAGGACCCUCACAAGAAGUACAAGUACGCCAGUGAGCUUACACUUAAGCAGGCACUGAAACCACACAAAUCAGCAGUGACCUGUAUGCACUUAGAUCCAAGUGGAGAGCUACUUGCGACUGGUGGUGAUGAUGCUACGGUGUUCUUCAUGGCAGUGAGUCAUACAUUUGACCCAAUUGGUUUUGUAAAAGUUCCCGCACCAGUGACGCAUAUGCAAUGGACACCACAGUCAUUCAAACGCUGUGCUUUGCUUGUGUUCUGUAGUGACGGUAGUGUAGUUGAAAUUGAAGCUCCUGAACCAGGAAAGUUUGACACUUCACACACAUACGAGAUUGAGGGACUGAAAACAAGAGAACAUAAGUUUAAAAGUAUCAAAUCAAGACUUCGGCAUGAAGAAGAAUUGGCUAUUAAAGCUAAAAUAGAGGAAGAGAAACAAAAGAAGAAAGAAGAGGAGCGCAGAAAAAGAGCUGAGAGAGGUCUAGAAGAAGAUGAGGAAGAGGAAGAAGAAGAAGAGAAGGAGCCUGAACCAGAAUGGAAGCCAUACAUCCCUGAGGAGCCAAAUGCAAUCCUCUGUGGACUUUAUUCAGAUGAAGACAAGUUUUGGAUGUCAAUGGACAAUUUUGAUGCGGGGUACCUGUACCAGUGUAAGCUGGGAACCCAGGCUGAAAGAGAGGCUAAGAAUGAGGAGACGAGAGAUGAACCAGUUAUGUCUAUACCUGUGUUUGAUUCAAGUGACACGCCCAUCACAACAAUAAGAUACAGCUCAAGUGGCAAAUACUUGAUUAUGGGUAUGAAAGAUGGCGCCAUAAGAAUCGUUCCACUUCAUGAUGAAAACAACCUAGACAGUGUCGCCACAUAUUGGACAUUAAACAUGCAUGACAACAACUAUGGGCAAAUCACUCACAUCGAUGAAAGUUUCGAUGGAAAGUAUCUGUUCUCAGUUGGGGCUGAUGGAAAUAUUUUUUCAUUUAACGUCAUGGAUCAAGCAAGCGUUGAAGACAGAGUGAAAGAGAGUAAAGCCAAGAUACCAUCAGCAAGAAAAGCAGUAGAAGAGAAGCGUGUUGAGGACAUCGAAGAUCCAAGUGCUUACAGCAUAGAAGAUGCCAAACAGAAAGCUGAGCAUGAUAAAAUGAUGCGGCUCGCUGAAGAGAAAAAAACUGAUGUUAAACGAACAAUUGCUCAGCUACGACGCCAGUUCAAGAAGUUAAUUGAGCGUAAUGUGGAACUGCCCGCACACCUAAGGCUUGAUAGGAAGGAGUUUGAAAUGGAUCCUGAGAUCAAGAAAGAGCUUGAGAGACAAACACAGGAGAAGAAAGAUAUCACACGCAAGGAACUGUCCUGGGAGAAAGAGAAACAUAGAAUAGCACUUGAGAAACUUAAAGCCAGAUUCAAGGAUGUAGUAGAAUGUGAGAGGAUUGUCCUGAAGGCAUUUAAAACAUCACAUGAGGUCACAAGUUUCCGAGCUUCAAAGUUGUCUGAUGAUUUCUAUGAAUUGAAGGCUGAGAUGGAGCGACGCAAGACCACUAUGUUGACCAAUAAGGGAGAUAUGAGUAGAGAGCACUCACAACUCACUGGUCAACAACUCCAACAGAGCAAGAAUGUUGACAGUCCUGAUGGCAUCAAAGAAGAGAAGACAGAGGCCAAGAUAUUCACAAGUCUAAAGGGCAGCAUGGGUGAGAGGAUCAGCAAGGCACUCAUAAAGGUGGAGGAAAAGAAGAAGAAACGGCAACAACGAAGAGACCAGUGGAAUGAUCUGAACAACACCAAACCAGAUGAGGACUACGAGGACCCAGCAGACAUUGCAGCCAUAAAGGAGGCCCAAGAGAACAUGGGUGACUACAAGCUGAAGAGUGCUGAUGACUAUGUUGUACCUGAUCACCUCAGAAUGAAUGCUGAGAAAGCCAGAAACAAACUGCUUCUCGUCAAAGACCUGAUUCACAGACACAAGUAUGACUUCAACCAGCGCCUGUUGAAAUUACGCGAUAAGAAACUUGGUAUAAUUGAUGAGAUCAGAGAGAUUGUGGGCAAACUUGAAGAUAUGCAGAAUAAUCUGGAGGAAGACCAGAGAAUUGCUGUGCCUGAAGUUCCAAGAAUGUACCCUGAAGAAGUCCCUGAAAAGAGGUUUGAGUACACCAGAGAUCAACUUUUAGCCUACAAAGCAGAGCAGACUCAAGCCAACAAUGCUGCUCAGUCUGGAUUUGGUGGUGGUUUUGGAGGGGGUGGUGCCAAGAAGCCUUCCUCCCCUGGACCAUACAAGAAACAGGACACAAACCUGACAGGUGUGGACAGAGGGGACACAACUCUGACCCAGGGGACAGAGGAUAUGGGAGAGAGGGAGGUGAAGCUCACCCCCUUGGAGAUUCAGAUCAAGAUGGCCCAGGAGAUCAGGAACUUGUAUGAGAGAGACAGAAUGAUGAGUCAGAUCAAUGAACUUCUGGAGAAUUUUGAUGCAGAGCUUCGUCUGCUACGUCAUGAUAAAUUCCGCCUUGAUGUGGACCUGAAGAACGCAGAUCUGCGUCACGUGACCUUAUUUGAGGAAUUGAUUCUGUUGAAGGAGUUUGAGAAACGAGAAAAUCUACUUACUGAAAAACAAGAUAAUAAGGAACAGGAGAAGAUUGAUAUGCAAGUUAAGAUAAUGGAGGUUCAGCAGAAACUUGACAUGAAGAGAAGGGACAUAGAGAAGCUGCAGGAGAAAGAACGCAUGCUGCAUUCAACCUUCCUCAUGUCCCUUGGGGAGAACAACAAGUUUGGCGAUUAUUUAACAAAAGUGUUCAAAAAGAGGAUCAAACGAUCAAAGAAAAAAGAUACAGAAGGAGAUGGUUCAGAUGAAGACAGCGAUGAUGACAGUGAUGAUGAAUCUGAUUGGUCUGAAUCUGACGAGGAAUCUGACAGUGAGGCUGGUGGUUUUGACCUUGAUGUCUGUCCUCCAGGAUGUGACCAAACUCUAUACGACAACACGUGUGCCCUGAGAGAGAAGAGACUUGACAUUGAAGAGGCCCUUGCAGAAGAGAAAAAGAAUAAUGAAGCAUUGAAAAAAGAAUCUGAAGCUCUACAAAAGAAGGCCAAAGUCAUAGAUGGCGCCCUAAAGAAUGCUCUUGGUGAAUUGGAAGCAUUUCAGCUUGAGAAGCAACGUAAACUGAAUGAGCUAGAUGUCGUUGUGACAUUACGUCUUCACCAGAUCCAACACAUGGUGAAUGGUGUCCUGCCUCAGGAUCUCUCCUCAUGUCUAGUAUUUGAUGAGUCAGGUCUGGUGCGUUUACAACACAGAAUAAAAGAGCUGGAACAUGAGAAAGCAAUGCAGAAAAAACAACAAAAAGAGGCUAAGAAGAAGCAUAUCUCACUGAUCAAAGACAGGCGUCUCUUCCAAAGCAAAAUCACAGAGAUGGAAGAACAGUGUGAUCAGAUGAUGAUGCUCAAGUUUGGCCGUAUAGUCGACUUAGAGAAACUGGAGACAGUCACCGUCAACAGGAAUAUUGAAGAAUUGAAGGAAAAACUGAGACAGAAUGAGAUUUUCUGCUCUAAUGACGUCCAGAAAUGGAUGGAAAAGAUCAAGGCCAAGAAGAACCACAUCACAGAAUUAAUACGGGAGAACACUAACCGUCUGGAGCAACUUACAAUGCUCCUGGGAGAGAAACGAGAACUUGAGUCUGGCCUUGAUUCCCGACAGAAAAGUCUGGGUGGAGAGUUCAGUGGACAGCGGAAGGCAGAUUUGAGAGAACGUCAAAGACUCAUCCAGUUAGUUCAGCUUCAGGCACAGGAGGUUGAGGCUCUAAAAGAGGAAAUCAUGCUCCUAUCAAGGAAGGGAGGUCACAUACUCCCACCAGCACAGCCUCCUGCACCCAGUGCUCCUAGAAGCAACAUGCCUCAACAGUAGGACUUCUGGGAGAUGAACAAUCUGUGUGUAAUCAAGACUUUCAUAUUACAUGUAGUACAAGAGAAAAUAUUACAGAAAAGUGAAUAUGAAUUAUCCGUCCAAAUAAAAUUGCAAACAUCAGAUUUAAAGUUGAAUUUUAGAUGUAUACGAAAAUGAAAUUCUUCUUUGAAGAGAUACUAGUAACUAAAUAUUAAUUCCAUUCCGUCCAGAUAAAUUUCUUCCAUAUUUGAUGCAUCAAAUAACAGACCACAUUCAUGUAGAGAGUGCUGUAUUAAAAUAUGAUAGUGCCAGUAGUGCAAGGAUGUAACUAAAGCAUUCAAUUCCGUCCAAACAAACUUGCUUCUAUCCUAUUUGAUAUUUACUGGCAUUGAUACUGUACUGUAUAUUUGGUAAGGGAAUAUACCUGAAUUAUUCAAAUAUGUCCAGAGGGAAUUCAGUCGGAGCCAUAUUUCAACUGUGAAGACACUUUAUUUGACCAAAUAUAGUCAGAAUGCAUUCCAACUAUGCUAUGUUUCCUCAUGGCAAAAAGCAAUGAAUUGUGAGGUACAUUACACAGUUGUCAUUUCUACAAAAAUGCAAUUGCCAAUUUAAGAAAGUUCUACAAUAAUCCUGCCAUAAUGAAAGAUCCGUCCAAAAACAAUAUUUCGAUAUUGUUGCUUGUUAUUUUGCUGAUCCAAUAAAAAUCUGUGAUACCAUAUUAUUAUUUGCAUAUUGUACAUAUAAAAAUGUAAUUAUCAUUAAAAUGUUAAGAAAAUAAAUGAAACAUUACCAACAAAUAAUAAUAUUGCUGUUUAUUAUUCAUAUCACCCUUUGUUUGGGGCUAUAUUGUAAUUGGUUUGCAGGGCAGAUGGACAAGCCAUUGGAUGGGUUUCCCAAAUCUUGUUACUUGUAAUGAGCAAUAAUAAAC